AUGUUUAUAAAUAGAAGUCCUUCAUUGCCUUAUAGUACAUAAAUUUACUUAUCAUUAACGACUCGAUUUAUUUAUUUUAUUCCUGUAAAGCCUUUUAAGUUUAAUUUUAAUAUCUAAGAUAAAGUAGAAUUAUAAACUUUAAAAAUAUUUGAUUUAUCUAUAACGGCUAUUUAUUCUAUAGAAUAAUUAUCAUUUAUUUCAUCCUGGUAAGAAGAGAAUGCUUUAAUGAGAAAUAUUUAUUUGAGGUUAUUUAUUGUAAUUAUCUCCUUAAAUGUCUAACUAUUGAAAUUUAUUUAAUAAAGAGACAUCUGCAAUUACGUGUUUCUAAUUAGUAACAUUUUUGAAUCCUUAUAUAGAUAAAUAGCUUGUGGUUAAUAUUAAAAUCCACAUUUAUCAAACAAACUUUAAAACUCUGAAGAAAAAAUCUUUAAACAUUGA